GCGCCGCGGGAAGCACGGGCCGUGGAGAGGGCGCUGCGCUCGGGCUACCCAAUGCGUGGACUAUCUGCCGCCGCUGCUCGUGCAAUAUGCUGGAGCUCCAGAACAUCUAAACGGAGUCGCCACACCGCUGCCUGGGCUGGAUCACAGCGCUGCCUUUCCUUAUGAAGAAGACACAAACUUGGAUUAUCACUUGCAUUUAUCUUCAACUACUCCUAUUUAAUCCUCUGGUGAGAACUAAAGGGAUCUGCAGGAACCGUGUGACUGAUGAUGUAAAAGACGUUACAAAAUUGGUGGCAAAUCUUCCAAAAGACUAUAAGAUAGCCCUCAACUAUGUCCCCGGGAUGGAUGUUUUGCCUAGUCAUUGUUGGAUAAGAGUGAUGGUGGAACAGUUGUCAGUCAGCUUAACUGAUCUUCUGGACAAGUUUUCAAAUAUUUCUGAAGGCUUGAGUAAUUACUCUAUCAUAGACAAACUUGUGAAAAUAGUGGACGACCUUGUGGAGUGCAUGGAGGAACACUCAUCUGAGAAUGUAAAAAAAUCACCUAAGAACCCAGAACCCAGGCAUUUUGCCCCUGAAGAUUUCUUCAGAAUUUUUAACAGAUCCAUUGAUGCCCUCAAAGACUUGGAGACAGUGGCAUCUAAAACUAGUGAAUGUGUGCUUCCUUCAACAUUAAGUCCUGAAAAAGAUUCCAGAGUCAGUGUCACAAAACCAUUUAUGUUACCCCCUGUUGCAGCCAGCUCCCUUAGGAAUGACAGCAGUAGCAGUAAUAGGAAGGCCGCAAACCCCCUUGGAGACUCCAACUUGCAGUGGGCAGCCAUGGCCUUGCCCGCAUUCUUCUCUCUUGUAAUUGGGUUUGCUUUUGGAGCCUUAUACUGGAAGAAGAAACAACCAAAUCUCACAAGGACAGCUGAAAAUAUACAGAUUAAUGAAGAGGAUAAUGAAAUAAGUAUGUUGCAAGAAAAAGAGAGAGAGUUUCAAGAGGUGUAAUUGUGGCUUCUAUCAACACUGUUACUUUCGUACCUUGGCGGGUAACAGUUCAUGUUUGCUUCAUAAAUGAAGCAGCUUUAAACAAAUUCAUAUUCUGUCUGGAGUGACAGACUGCAUUUUUAUCUGUUCUUGCUACCCAUGACUCUAUACGGAUGAUUCACAAAUUGGAACAAAGUGUUUUACUGUGAAACUGGCGCUGAAUUAAUCAUCUAUAAAGAAGAACUUGCAUGGAGCAGGACUCUAUUUUAAGGACCUGGGGGACUUGUGGUCUCAUUUAGAACUUGCAACUGAUGUUGGGAGAGAAAGCACGUGCCCCAGACUGCAUGCACCAUUUUGCAUGCCUCCAGAAGUGUCUAAUUGCUGAAAAGCCACAUAGCUUGAUUUUCAGUUACAACCUGCAGCUCACAGUUAUCUUGGCCUCUGCAAGUAGAUUUCAUCCUGAAUAGUGGGGGGUAAUAAUUUUUCUCAAAGGGAUCCAGAAAAAAAUUUAAAAACAAAUGUCAAUAACACAAUAACAUCAACAACUCUACAUAGAGAAAACAGUGGGGAUAAAAUAAUUGGAGUAGACAACAUGUCAGUCUUGUAGAUGCUAAUGAAUGGUCUGGGUCUGAUCUCGGUCUCUUCUCGACAUAAAACUGUAUCUCAUUAGACAAAUGGACUGGUUAGCUGGAUCUAACCAUGACUAUGAGCCAGUAUUGAAUUAGAACAUUGCUGUCAUCAACAAAAUGAAACACAACCUACAGAAUGGGAGAAAAUGAUUGAUAAGGGGCUAAUAUCUAAAAUCUACGAAGAACACCUACAACUCAAUAGAAAAAAUAUAUAGAAUUUAAAAAUGGGCAGAAGAUCUGAAUAAACAGUUUUCCAAAGAGGAGCUACAGAUGCCCAACAGAUAAAUGAAAAGUUGCUGAACCAUUAGUCACCAGAGCAAUGCAAAUCAAAACCACAAUGAGAGAUUCCCCCCAUACCUGUUAGAAUGGCUAUUAUCUAAAAAGAUGAUAGUAAGUUUUGGUAAGGAUGUGGAGAAAAAGGGAACCCUUGUGCCCCGUUGGUGGAAAUGCAUAUUGGUGCCGUCACUAUGGAAAAUUUUGAGUUUGCUCAAAAAAUUAAAAAUACAACUGCCAUAUUAUCCAGGAAUUCCAUUUCUGGGAAUUUAUCCAAGGAAAAUGAAAACUAAUUCUAAAAGACGUAUAAACCCCUAUGUCCUUUGCAUUAUUUACAGUGGCCAAGAUAUAGAAACAAUUAUAUAAGUGUCCAUCAGUGGGUGAAUGGAUAAAGAUGAUGUGUGUAUGUGUGCAU